AUGGAGGUUCAGGGUAAGUACUUGCAGUCAGUGCUAGAAAAGGCUCAAGAGGCUUUUGGGAAGCAGAAUUCGGGUUCUGCAGGACUUGAAGCUUCUAGAACGCAACUCUCUGAAUUAAUCUCAAAGGUUUCAAAUGAAUGUUUCACCAGCACAUUUCCGUAUUUGGAAAAAACGUAUUGUUCACAUAAUCAAGAAGGACACAUGGCCCAGAUUAACAAUUUCUCGAUGUACAGCUGCUUAACCUCGUGCCAAGAAUCACAAAAUGGACAAGAAAUGCAUGAUACAAAUAUGGUACUAACAGCUUAUUAUCAUGGCAAUUUAUCAUUGGGAACACAAGAAAUGGAACAGAUUCAAUCUGGAUGGUCUGAAGAUCUUAAUGGCAGCAAAAUAUUUUCUCAAACAGGGGUGAAAGACUCAACGCAGAACACUUUGCCAGUUUCGAGGGGCUUCGGUAUCCUAUCAAUAUGCAAAUCAGAGGGAAAUAGAAAUUUAGAGAUACAUCCCAGGCAAAAUGAGGAACAUAAUUCUUACCUUGACCGGGCAGAUUACGAAAGAUAUGUUAUUCAGCAAAGAAGUUUAAAGAAUCCAAGCGAGUGUGAACAGCCAAGUGCGACGACGCAAUUGGAUUUAAAUGCCUGUGAUGAAUACAAUGUUUCUAAAAAUGGCAAUGGGAAUGAUCUAAAUGGUUUCAGCUGGAGCUAAUGAAGAGCAUGUGAGCU